UCAGCACCACGGCUAAGGAGCCGCGCCGGCCGCGGGGGCGCUCGCCGGGCCGCGCCGCCGCCGGAAGGCGAAGCCGUCGCCGGUCGGGCCGGGCCGGGCGCAGCCGCAGGCCCGGGGCCCGGGAGCAGGCCCGGGGCGCCGCUCGCUCCCCCUCCCGCGGAAGGGCAUCGGGUGGGCGCGGCCGCCGUGACCUUGUCGAAUUACUGCCAUGGCAACUCAAGUGCUGGGACAGUCUGGUGGGAACAGCCUCUUUCCCGGCAGUUCUAAUAUUGGCAUGGCAUUGUCCAACGACAUGUAUGACUUACAGGACCUUUCUAAAGCUGAGCUGGCAGCUCCUCAACUUAUUAUGUUGGCAAAUGUGGCCUUGACGGGAGAAGUUAGUGGCAACUGCUGUGAUUACCUGGUUGGAGAAGAGAGACAAAUGGCAGAACUGACAACGGUGGGGGACAGCAACUUCUCAGAUAGUGAUGGAGAGGGUAUGGAAGAUACCCAGGCUGCAGAGAGUGACCGUGAGGCACCUGCAAAUGUGGAAUUAAGCUCCCUUGAGGUUCCUAGUGUGGAAACUCAAGGUCCAGCUGCUUGUUCCCCUCCUAAGACUCCCAGUGUUGACAAAAGUGCCUCAUCGGAAGCGCCGGGUACUCCAGAAAGCACAGAGGACAAGUGUAAGAGCUUGAAGAGCAAACCAUUUCGUUGCAAGCCUUGCCAGUAUGAGGCAGAGUCUGAAGAGGAGUUUGUGCAUCAUAUCAGGGUUCACAGUGCUAAGAAGUUCUUCGUGGAAGAAAAUGCAGAGAAGCAAGCGCAGGUGAAGGAGUCUGAUUCCUGCUCUGCAGAAGAGGUGGAUUUCUCUAAGGGCCCAAUCCGUUGUGAUCGCUGUGGCUAUAACACUAACAGAUAUGAUCACUAUCUGGCUCACUUGAAGCACCACAAUAAAGCAGGGGAAAAUGAGAGAGUCUACAAGUGUACCAUAUGCACAUACACUACUGUCAGUGAAUAUCACUGGAAAAAACACCUAAGAAAUCAUUUUCCCAGGAAAGUGUAUACCUGCUCAGAGUGCUCCUAUUUUUCAGACAGGAAGAACAAUUACAUUCAACAUAUUCGAACUCACACAGGGGAGCGACCCUAUCAGUGUGCGAUGUGUCCUUACUCCAGCUCUCAGAAGACUCAUUUAACCAGGCACAUGCGCACGCACUCAGGUGAGAAGCCAUUCAAAUGUGACCAGUGCAGCUACGUGGCCUCAAACCAGCACGAAGUGACUCGUCACGCGAGGCAAGUGCACAACGGGCCGAAGCCUCUGAUCUGCCCGCACUGUAACUACAAAACCGCUGACCGCAGCAACUUCAAAAAGCACGUGGAGCUCCACAUCAACCCACGCCAGUUUCUCUGCCCUGUUUGUGAUUAUGCAGCGUCUAAAAAGUGUAACCUGCAGUAUCACAUCAAGUCCAGGCAUCCCGAUUGUUCUGACAUCACCAUGGAUGUCUCGAAGGUGAAGCUACGGACUAAAAAGAGCGAAGCUGACUUUUCUGAGAGCGGUAAUGACAAAGUGGAGAAGGAACCAACGAAAGGGGAUUCAGCUGCAAAGAAAACGGAGAAAAUUGUGAAGGUGGAGAAAAAAGAUAAUUCGGCAAAGGAAAAGAAGUCAGCAAGCAAUAUUUCUGCAGGCCAGGUAACAACCAGAAGUCGGAAAUCGGCUUCAGAAAACAAGGAGGUGGAUAUUAAAACUGAGAAAAGUACUGAGAAAACAUGUAAAACAAAGAAGGUCAAAAGAAAGGCAGAGACUGAGGCAACUUCCUCAAAGCAAGAGCCUGCAAAUGAUACCUCAGUAGUAACAAAAAAGAAAAAGAAAGUAGAAGCUAAACCCAGAGACUGCCAGGAAGCUGAAAAAAGUGAUGUUGCACCAGAAGAAGAGCCUAAAAAGCAAAAUUCUUGCCUCAAGAAAAACAGAAAAAAGAAAGCUGUGAAAAUUAAGCACAGUAAAAAAAGCAGUAAACUUGAUCAGGAGAAGAUUGAGGAAGAGGAGAUGCCAGAUGAGUAUCCUAUCACAGAAAAAGAUGGAGGUGUGAAGCCGGACACUGAGGGCAGUGACCAGAAGGAGCAGGAUCCCACUGACACAGUGGCAUUAAACAACAACGGUGGUCAUGCUCUCAGCGGGGAGAGCACUGAUCCCAAAGGAAACUGCAUCCAAGGUCCAGGGCAGCUUUGUCUGCCAGCUCAGGAUGCAAACACAGAAGGUAAGGUAGCGGACCAAGAAAUGCCUGCGGCAGUAAGAGAGAGUGAAGACACUGGUGGUGCAAAAGAGGAGGAGAAACAGGUGGACAAAGGGGAAGAUGCGUGCUCUGAGGAAUCUUCCCAUGCAGUGUCUUCUGGAAAAAGCGUGGAUGUACUCAUGGAUGUGGUACCAGAUCUGGCACCUGAGAAGGAACCAGAGGAAACUGUGGCAGAAACUGAGACUAACUCAAGCCUGAUGGACCUGACCAAGACAUGCCUGCCAGCAACAGAGUCAACAGGAGAUGCUGUGCCAGCACCUGUGCCCGCAGAAGGAUGUACACAAAGCCCUAAAGGGGCUCUGCCCUUACCUCGGGAUAACACAGCCGUGAAUGAAUCUCAGGAAAUGGAUGAGGAUGAGGGCAUCCACAGCCAUGAAGGCAGUGACAUCAGUGACAACAUAUCAGAAGGAAGCGACGACUCGGGGUUAAAUGGUGCUCGCUCUGUACAAGAGGAAACAAGUCCAAAGAUGUCACAAGGAGCUCCGGACACCGUGGUGGCCAGGGAGAGCUAUGUGUGCAUUUUUUGUGACCGCUCAUUUAAAAAGGAAGGUGAAUACAGCAAGCACCUCAACAGGCACUUAGUUAAUGUGUACUAUCUUGAGAAGGCAGCAAAAGGGCAGGAGUAGAAAUAGCUGUGGUUUGGGGAAUCUUCUUUUGUAAGAUCUUACACAGCUUAUGUAAAAAUACUGUAGAUUUUUUUUUAAGCACGGUUUGCUU